CUGAUGCCUGAGGCUGGGUUUCCAAAAAUCAGCGAGAUAAUUGGAUGCGCGGAAAGGCACGUGUCCGCUAAUCUGCGAUAUCAGCUCUUGACAGCUCCGGCGUCCUUCCACCUUUCCCUUUACAACUCCUGAGCACAAACACGGACAGAGAAGCGGCAAGAGACAGAGACAGAGAGGAGAUGAGAGCCUGCAGCGUGAACUUUUGCACCGCCUUACUCAUCACUUAUACCCUCGCCCAGGGAUCAAGUGAUCAUUCCUGUCAGCCUGACCUUUGCAAAAAUGGAGGUACGUGCCUGGCUGGUGUCUCUACAGAUCCCUACUACUGCAUCUGUGUGGACGGAUUUACCGGGAAAGACUGCAGUGAGGUAGAGCAAGGACCUUGUCACCCUAACCCCUGUCAGAAUGGUGGCCUAUGUGAGUUGAUGUCACGUAGAGGAGACGUCUUUGGUGAAUACGUCUGCAAGUGUCCGACUGGCUUCCAGGGCAUUCAUUGCCAAACAAAUGUCAAUGAUUGUUCUUCCCAGCCAUGUAUGAAUGGAGGACAGUGUGUGGAUCUGGAUGCAGAUUUCUCAUGUGAUUGCCCCUCUCCAUAUGUGGGGAAAAGCUGCCAACACACUUGCGCAAGUCCUUUGGGGAUGGAGGGAGGAGCAAUAGAUGACCACCAGAUCUCUGCCUCCUCACUGCACCUAGGAUUUCUCGGUCUGAAACGUUGGCGCCCAGAGCUGGCACGGCUCAACAACAAGGGAAUUGUGAAUGCUUGGAGCAUGGCAACCUUUGACCUUAAUCCCUGGUUUCAGGUGAAUUUGCUGAGAAGAAUGCAAAUUACUGGGGUUAUCACACAGGGUGCAUUGGCAAUGGGGUCUCCAGAAUACAUCAAAAUGUUUAAAAUUGCUUACGGCUUCGAUGGAGUAAACUUUGUCACUGUCAAAGACAACGAAAACAAUAAAGACAAGUUAUUUACUGGAAACCGAAAUAACAACGAACAGAACACGAAUCUGAUUGAUCCACCCAUUAUUGCCCAAUACAUCCGCCUUAUUCCUUUGGUGUGUCAGAGAGCCUGCACCCUGCGCAUGGAGCUGAUUGGCUGUGAACUGAACGUUUACUUAAACACAACAGGUUGUUCGGAGCCACUUGGAAUGAAGUCAAGACUCAUUAGAAACAAUCAGAUUACUGCCUCGAGUACUUACAAAAUGUGGGGAAUCGACGCUUUCACUUGGGCACCUUGCUUAGCACGUCUGGACAAACGAGGGAAAACCAAUGCCUGGACUGCUGAGCUCAGCAACAAAUCACAGUGGCUUCAGAUUGACCUCUUGAUUCCUAAAAAAGUCACUGGCAUUAUCACCCAAGGAGCAAAAGAUUUUGGAGUAGCUCAAUAUGUAGAAUCCUUUAAAAUUGCCUUCAGUGAUGAUGGACAGUCAUGGACUAUUUACCAGGACAGCAUCACAGGGAAAGACAAGGUUUUCCAGGGAAACUAUGAUAACUACAGCCACAAGAAAAACAUAUUUGAUCCUCCAUUCUACGCACAGUUUGUUCGGAUCUUGCCUCAGACUUGGCACGAGCGGAUCACACUCCGUGUGGAGCUCCUGGGAUGUCAGGAAUAGACUCAUGCUUCCUGCAUGCAAUAGGGGAACAUCCAAUAUGUUUUGCGCGCUGAUCUGCAUCAACUGCAUUGUACCUGUUUAUACACACUGGAAUGCCAGCUUUUCCUUAUGAUAACUUUGCAUCAACAGAGAUCAAGUUGACCAUAAUUUGAAGCAACAGGAUUUAUAAUAUUUGUAGUGUGCUUUCCCUUGACCUGUGACCCUGCAUGAUUGGCCAUUCCCAGUGUGUGACUGAACCUCCAUUCUCAGCAUCCCAUGGGAUACUAAUGGAAAUUCCUGCUGUUUCCUCUCUUUUCUCUUGCUCGCUGGCAAAGGAAUGCAAGGGAAUGUGAGUGGGAAGCUGGGUUUUCUCACACAGUGGAUGGAAGAACUCUUCACUAAAAUGAAAGGAAUUUGCCUGGCGGUCUUAUUCCUGUGAGGAGGUCUUUGACUUCCACUUGGUAACUGAACAGAGCAACAGGAUUGAAGUUAGGGGCUCAGUCUGUACAGAAAUCUCAGACACAGACCUCUACUUGGUUUGAUGUCCCUGAGAAAGCUUUAAGUAACUGUGAUUGUGGCCCUUAAGAGAAAAAUGAGUUUGAGACUCUUAGGGAUUAGUAGGUGAAAAUCUCUAUUGCCAUCUUAGCCUGAGCUCUCUUUAAUGAGACCAGGAAAGAAUCUUUCAUUAUACCACUUAAUUGAUAAGAUAUUAACUGUAAUUGUAGAUUUGUAUUAUGAGAUUCAACUCUAUUCAAGGUUAUGACAGGUAAUUUUAACUUUUUUAAAUGGCAAAUGAAAACAGACAAUGUGGUUGCCUACAGUACAUUCCUCCUGGUUUUCUUUUUGUAUUCCAUUGAAGCCUUUUGAAAUCAGGAGAGACGUGUCCUGAUUCAAAUGCCCCAAAGUUAAAAUUACCCCAUUAACUCAGUUAAGAUCCUUUAGCGUUAGUAUUCCUUGUUGCGUUGGGUUACUGUUUAUGUGCGAGAUAAUGGGCAAAAUAAGUAGAUCCCUUUUACUGUACAGCAAAUUUCUUGGGGACCAUGGCCUGCAUUAUUGGUUGUGUGAAAAAUUGCACAUCUUAAAACUAUAUCUGCCAAAGGCCAGCUGGUACAGUGAUGGGUUGAAGCAGCCCAGAUUGGAUUAGACUAAAUGUCUGCAGGAUAGCACUUGGACAAUUUGAUUGCAAUGGAUGUCGAUAACAUCCUGACACUAAAAACAGAACAUCUGUCUUGCACAGCAGGGAUUGGAACUCUGGAACUCUGAGGCUGAGUAUUAGUUAAACAUUUUGAAACUGAAAUCAAUAGAUUUUUGUUAGCCAAGGGUAUAGCUGGCUCUGCUAUUACACGAUAGUUGCGAUCCUGUGCAACAUCACAUUAUAGAAAAUCGCGCUAUAGAAAUAACGGGGUCUAUGGGAAAAGUGGGGUUGGGGCAGACCACCAAAAAAAAUCACUCAAAAUCGCUCAAAAAUCA